AUGAAUGACGACCAUCGAACACAAUCUCCCGGUCGAGGGAGGGAUCACGACCCAGGAGCUUUCCGCGACAGAGACAGCGACCCAGACCAUCGACGAGACGACUCUUACCAACCGCGGCAGGGUAAACAUAUAACCUGCGCCUUGUCUCCUCCGAGGCAAGACUUGUACGACGACUACCAGGAGAUUCCGUCACGUCACUUUCGCGAUAUGGACCGCGCAGGAGACUCUGAUGACCGCUAUCGGGGCCUUGAUGAUGGCUAUUUUCCCAGACGCCGUGAUGACUCGCGCCGCUCGCGCCAUGAUGCCCGAGACAAGCGUGACUACGAAGGCAUGUACGACGAGGGUUAUCGAGGUGGAUAUGAUGACCACUACCGUUCACGCGACCGGGCUCGUGACGACGAAGAGUUUACGCGCGACGGUGACCAUCAACAGCAAUCCAACAAUGGAAACGCUAGACUUCCCUCAAACGGCGAUCAUCACGCCAGAAGUCCGUCUCGCAACCGUAUUCAAGACGCUGGAAGGCCCACCGACACAGUGAUGCUUGAAGGCCUGCCGUAUAGCAUCUCGGCUUCCAACCUACGUGAGGGUCUUUUCGACAGCUCCAUCGCCGCUGAAUUUCCCAGCGUUGACGUGCGCGUUACUUCUUCCCGAGGAAAAUGCCGGGCUUUCGUCCAGUUCCAGCAGAUUGACCACGCCGUUUCAUUCGUCAAGGAGCAUUACCCAAGACUCCAGAUCUACUUGCCCCACUCAACUGAUGACGUCCCAGAUGGGGAGAUCUCCGUGUAUAUCCACUAUACUCGCAGCCACGGCGAGUCUGACAACACACAGCCACCGCCUGCCGCUACAACGACCAGCUGGGAAUGUUUGAGAUGUGGAUUCUCGAACUUUGCUUCACGGGCGAAAUGCAAGGAGUGCUCUUACAUUCCGCUAGCUACCGGAGGGCCCCUGGGUCGAACGGGAGCUGCAGACGUCGGGCGAGACCUCGACAAGAAAGUCCAAAUCCUGGUUGUCCAUCCCCUCCCACACGACAUCGAUGAGGAUAUGCUAGCCAACGAGAUGAGACGGCUUGAGCUGGUCAAAACUGACAAACCAAAGGACGACGCACCCAAGUUGAAGUCGACGGCACCUUCUGCAGACGGAGCUGGCUAUGGAGCACGGCCAGGUUCCUUGCACCGCGUUUUCCUGAUGCGCGAUGCCGCCACCAACGCAAAUUUUCGAUACGGAUUUGCCGAAUUCUGGACACUCAACGAUGCGCUUGCCGCGUUGAAGAAGUUCCAAAUGACACGCUCUUUUGAGAUUGGAGGCACGCCCGUGACGAUUGCUUCAAUCCAUUUGGGGGUGUUCAUCCCGGAAGACCGGGUGAACACUCCCGGGAUCGACCACAUGUCGUUCACACCACUGUUCAACCCGUCCUUGCGAAUCAGGUAUCGGGACCCGGAGCUCUACCCCAGCCCAAAGGUUGUGGCGUCAGAGCCUCCGGCCGAUACAGAUGCCAAGGCGAGCAGGGAGGAGAAGGCCGACCCGACCAAGGCCAAGAAGCGCAAGGCGGACGAGGGCCUGUCGGAGCCUGCUCCCAAAAGGGCGCCAGUGAUGGCUGCCCAAAUGGCCUUCUGGCAGCGUAGGCACGACGAGAUCCGUGGGGGCCCACAGGACACUGCAGAGAGCACCACGGCCGACGGCCCAACCCGUACGGCGCCAAUCAAGUUCUCGAUGUCUGGCGGCGCGAAGACCGAUGCCCCCGGCAAGGCAGCACCCGCCACCGCGGAACCCCAGAGCCAGGCAGCGCCUGCAAACUCAGAAGUCUCGUUUGUCGACCGCGAGCGGCUGCAGUGUCUGCUUUGCAUGAUGAAGUACAAGUCGGUCGAAGAAGUCAACGUCCACGAGAAGUCGAGGAACCACAAGACGGCAAUGCAAGACGAAGACAAGGUCAAGCUCGCCCUGCCCAGAAUAGCCAAGAGAGACCAGCGGCUCCAGAAGGCAGAUGCCGGCCAGUACCGCGAUCGAGCCAAGGAGAGACGAGAAGCGCACAACCAACCGGGCAAGCCUGCCGCAACACCAGGAAAGCCCAAGACAGACACGAUGCAGCAGGAAAAGGAAGAGGUCAAGAAACCGGUCGAGUCCAAGGGCAUGGGCAUGUUGGCCAAGAUGGGGUGGACGACGGGGAGCGGGCUCGGCGCUCAGGGCGGAGGCCUUACGGAGGCGCUCACGGCCAACGCGUACAAGGGCGGUGUGGGUCUCGGGGCAGAGGGCGGCAAGCUCGGUGACGCGGCAGAGAUUGCCGAGGGCCAGACCGUCGACAGCUACUCUAGCUACCUCACGGCGGCGCAAAAGAAGGCGCGGGAGCGGUACAACCAGCUAGAAUGA